GCGAUAAUGCUCAUCACUCGGCAAAGUGAUAUUCCAAUCGAGAUUUAAUUAAGCUGAUUGGCCUUUAUUUCAUGUGGCUCACGUCGUCGGCGACGAUUGUCGAAACAAGGGAGGGGGGAUGAGAAACAGAAGACGCAGUGUCGCCAAACAAGGAGAAGGAGAAAAAAGGUGCAGUCGCUGAUAGCACGCUCGUGGUACAAUUUGCGUCGGCUUCGGGAGAGCUUCGCAAGCGAUUUAACGAUGGUGUAACGAUUCGAUCGAAGAUGUCUUGUGCAGUUCAACGGAAAGCGUGGACGGUGAUGAUGCCAAAACCCGCUGACGGGUCAAGCAGUGCUGAGCGUUCUAUCUCCGUCAAGCAAGAAAAAAAAAGAGGAAAAGCUAUGCUGAUGCCGCAUCCAAAGCAAGAAAAGAGCAGAGGAAACAACGCGCGUGUCGAAUUCAAAACGGGCGAGAGAGAGCUUUCGUCCAGGAUAGUGUCGCGCAGGAAAGGCGGGAUAGAAGAGUUGCUGGUGGAAGAGCGAAGCGUCAGGGCAGCGUCGCCAGCCGAGCGACACAGAGGCAAAUUUCGGUUCGACAGAGACGCGCGAGGCAGAAGUUUGAAGUCGGAUGCGAGCAACGUCGUCGCCUGGCGUCCAACUAUAAACCAAUGCUUGCGGGCGACAAAGACGAGAGUUGCGGAAGACACAAGGCACGGCAGCAAAAAGGUUUGUGGCUGCGACGGCUGGCAAUGGGUAUCAAGUUGGCAAGAUGCAAGAAUAAAACUGGAGCAGCGCGCCUUGUUUGGGAGAGUUUGAGAGGGGAAGCACGUCGCCCAGGGGUUGCAGAGCGACCAGCCAAGCAGCUGCAGGCGCCAGCCCAAUCAGGCCAGCAGCCAGGGAAGAGCAGGAAAAUUGAAAAUAGGCACGGCCGGGUCCUCAACGGGCUAGACUGCCCUCAGGUUGCCUUCAGGUUGCGG